AAUUAACCUAUUUGUGUAAUUAGACUUCACAAUCACUUAACGCAAAGUUAUAGUGUAGUGUUGCAAAACGUUUCAAUUUGAUUGAGCGCAAAAUGGAAGAGGAAUUCCUGGCGUUGGACGAGGAAUUGCUGGCGAACAUAAAAAGCAGCGGCGAUGAGGAAAGCGAUGUGGAAAUGCAGGAGCCGGAGCAGCUCCCUGCGGCUGCUGUCGCUCCACUGAAAUGGAGCGCCGAGGACUCGGAUCCCCUGCAGGUUACAGCCGCUGCAGACCCUUUCCGGUGGCGCUUUGAGGAGAGCGACGUUCUGACCAUCGAGGACCAGAAGCCUGCGGGAACGGGGCGAACCGCCGUUAAGCGAGGACGUGGACGUCCUUCAACCAAAAACUGCAGCUUCAAAUCGCCCAGUGGACUGAAGUGGUCUGCGGAUCGCCCGACAAUGCCGCCUAUGGAGCAGCUGCCCUUGCCGGGACACGUGGCGUUUGGCAAGGGACCCGCCGUCACCGUCACCAAUGCCGUUGAAUCCUGGAUACUCAUGUUUGACGAUGAAAUGCUGCGCUUCCUGCUGCGCCACAUCAACGAAAAGUUGCGCAAACAAACCGGCCAAUCCCUCCACCAACGUCCAUUAGAUGUUGUCGAGUUGCGCUCCUUCCUGGGGCUGACCUACUUGUGUGGCGUCUUCAGAAACGGCACGUACAAUGGGCCGCUGGAGGAGCUGUGGACCGUGGAACUGGGCAAUGCCAUAUUCCGUGGCACGAUGACAUUCCAACGAUUCCAAUACAUAUCGGAGUCCCUUAGCGAAGUCAACAGCUGGUCGGAGGCCAAGAGGCUCUGGCACAAGCUGAUAAUCAACUCCCGCACAUAUUACGGCUGCAGCGGCUGGCUGGCAGUCGAUGAGGUGCCCUGCUGUGUGGCCAAUGCGAGACUGGCGCUCUGUUGCGAUGCCAAGACCUUGUACAUGGCCAAUGCCUCGGCCACCACACAGCGCCAGUCCAUCAACAAGGAAGUGAAAAAACUGAUCUGCGACUACAAGACGACAGCAAGGAAUGUUACGCUGGGACCCAACUACUUUAGUCUGUCCCAAUGCCAGGAGCUGUUGGAAUCGCAGCUAAGCUCGAUAGGAGUGAUGGAGGCCACAGCGGCAGACAGGCCCAAGCUGUGGCCCACACCCGACACACACAUCGUUUACCACAAGUCCUCCAAACUAAUUCCCUACUAUAACAAAGCCCUGCUCUGCUGUGGCGUCAGCCCGGAAGUGGAUCCAACACAGGCCUUCCUGCUCACCUAUCAGACUUGCCAACAGUUCAAUGAACAGUCGCAGCGAUACAGCACAAAGUUUGCCACGCCCGCGACCCAGGAGAAGAAAGCCCACACGUUCCUCAAUCUGCUACAUCUCGUGCUCAACACAGCGGCCUUCAAUGCAUGGGUCCUCCUGCGACUCUCACUCAAAGGCGACGCCAAAAUGGAGCAGCGUGACUUCCAGAGGCAGUUGGGACUCUUUCUCAGCCAGCAGCGGCUGCAGCGACGGCUUAAGAGACGCUGCACGACAACCACGCUGGGGAUGCGACUUCAGAUCUGCGAAAUACUGGGCCAAUCCACGCAGCGACUGCUCAACGAGGUGAAGCUGGAGGCCAAGAAGGCGCAAAGCGUGGGCGUAAUCAAUCUGACGCAGGCCGCCCUGCCGCAGGGCGUCAGUCUGUCCCAUCGGUAUGGAGACAAACACCGACGCUGCAAGUCCUGUUCCAAGGAAAAGCGGGAGACAAAGGCGCGCACGCGUUGCCAGCAGUGUCUGGCUCAUCGUUGUGGCAAUCAUCUCAUCUCGCGCUGCUACGAGUGCAUAGGACUGCAGGCGGCGCAGCUGCCAGAGGGAAACCUGCCCAAUGCUGGCGACAAUUGAACCUGACAUUAAAUAACAUUUAUUAAAGAGGACGCUGCUGACGCUA